GCUUCACUCCAGCCCAGGAUCUUGCUGCUGCUGCCGCCACCACCAGCCCUUCGCCUCCUCCUCCUCUUCUGCACUGCACAGACCAGUCGCUGGGGCCCCUCCACUGCAAUAAAAUGUUUGACGGCUCCCUCCUGCCUCUCUUAUUUCCUUUCCUGCUGCUCUGGGGACUGGACACCGCCACAGCCGGCGGCGCGGCGCUGGAAGUGGCCAUCCCGCAGCGAGUGGCGCUGGAGAAGAUCCACCUGCUGCAGCCGGCCGGGGCCGGGGCCGGGCACGGGAGCAGCCCCCGGCGCCGGCGCUCGCCGCCCGAGGAGGAGGCCGUGCUGCUCCGCCUGGCGGCCUCCGGCCGGGAGCUCUACCUGCACCUCCGGCGGGACCUGCACUUCCUCGCGCGGGGCUUCGCGGUGGAGGAGCCGGGAGAGGCCCGGGCCCGCAGCCGCCCCCCGGCCGAGCAGCUCUGCUUCUACACGGGCCACGUGCUGAACCGCAGCGACUCCUUCGCCUCCCUCAGCACCUGCGCCGGGCUGAUUGGCUAUAUCCAGAUUGGAACAGAACAGCUGCUAAUACAACCUGUAAAUAUCUCAGAGACCUCAUUCAGUGGAAGAGAGCAUUUCAUCAGGCACAAACGAGCCUCAAAAUCCACCUAUCCUGCUAAGUCCCAGGUCCCUGCCGAGCACUGCAAAGUCGUAUCAGAAAAGAAGAGACAAAAGAAGAUGAAACCAGCGAAUGACUGGCGAGAGCGAAGAAAUGCCAUCCGACUCACCAAUGAGUAUACAGUAGAAACCCUGGUAGUGGCUGAUGCUGAUAUGGUGCAGUACCAUGGAGCUGAGGCAGCCCAAAGGUUCAUCCUCACAGUUAUGAACAUGGUGUACAAUAUGUUUCAGCACCAGAGCCUCGGAAUUAAAGUCAGCAUUCGAGUGACCAAGCUAGUCCUCCUUCGAAACCGUCCUGCAAAACUGUCCAUUGGGCACCAUGGAGAGAGGUCUCUGGAGAGUUUUUGUCACUGGCAAAAUGAAGAGUAUGGUGGAGCAAAGUAUCUUGGUAAUAAUCAGGUUCCUGGUGCAAGAGAUGAUACCCCUCCUGUGGACGCUGCUGUCUUUGUUACCAGGACAGAUUUCUGCGUACACAAAGACGAACCCUGUGACACAGUGGGGAUCGCUUACCUGGGAGGUGUAUGCAGUGCCAAGAGGAAGUGUGUCCUUGCUGAAGACAAUGGUCUCAAUCUGGCAUUUACCAUAGCACAUGAACUUGGGCACAACAUGGGGAUGAGCCAUGACGAUGAUCAUUUGUCCUGCGCAGGAAGAUCUCACAUAAUGUCUGGAGAAUGGGUGAAGGGCAGGAACCCCAGUGACCUUUCUUGGUCUUCCUGCAGCCGUGACGACCUUGAAAACUUCCUAAAGUCCAAGGUGAGCACCUGUUUGCUGGUAACAGACCCCCGAAGCCAGUAUGCCCUGCGGCUUCCUCACAAGCUGCCAGGGAUGCACUACAGCGCCGAUGAACAGUGCCAGAUCCUAUUCGGGACCAAUGCCACUUUCUGUAAGAAUAUGGAGCAUUUGAUGUGUGCUGGGCUGUGGUGCUUGGUGGAAGGAGACACGUCUUGUAAAACCAAGCUGGAUCCCCCUCUGGAUGGCACAGAAUGUGGCACAGACAAGUGGUGCCGAGCUGGGGAAUGCGUCAGUAAAACUCCCAUUCCUGAGCACGUCGAUGGAGACUGGAGCAUGUGGAGUCAAUGGAGCAUGUGCAGCAGGACAUGUGGUACCGGUGCCCGAUUCAGACAGCGGAAAUGCGACAAUCCCCCCCCUGGGCCAGGAGGCAAGAACUGCCGGGGAGCCAGUGUGGAACACACAGUUUGUGAAAAUUUACCCUGCCCUAAAGGAGCGCCUAGCUUCAGGGACCAGCAGUGCCAGUCUCAUGACAGAUAUACCAACAAGAAGAAAAGCCUCUUGACAGCUGUCAUCAUUGAUGAUAAGCCGUGUGAACUCUUCUGCUCUCCUCUGGGGAAGGAGUCUCCUGUGCUGGUGGCAGACAGGGUUCUUGAUGGUACUCCAUGUGGGCCUUAUGAGACUGACCUCUGCGUACAUGGCAAGUGCCAGAAAAUCGGCUGCGAUGGGAUCAUUGGCUCAGCUGCCAAAGAGGAUCGUUGUGGAAUCUGCAACGGAGAUGGCAAAACCUGUAAAGUGGUGAAAGGAGACUUCAACCACACCAAGGGGAUGGGUUAUAUUGAAGCAGCGGUGAUCCCUGCGGGUGCUCGACGGAUCCGAGUGGUGGAGGAUAAACCUGCCCACAGUUUUCUGGCUUUAAAAGAUUCCAGUAAGAGAUCCAUUAACAGCGACUGGAAAAUUGAGCUUCCUGGUGAGUUUCAGAUCGCAGGCACUACUGUCCGGUACGUGCGAAGGGGUCUAUGGGAGAAAAUGUCUGCCAAAGGACCAACUAAAAUACCACUGCACUUGAUGAGUAGAGAGGCUGGAGAGGUCAUACAUGAGCCUGUUAGAAGCAGGUUUCACACCUCAGCAUCACUGCAGCGGCGGCGUAGCGAGGUGCUGUUAUUUCACGACCAGAAUUAUGGAAUUCAUUACGAAUACACCAUUCCUGUCAACUAUACCGCCGAAAACAGAAGCGAGCCAGAAAAACAACAGGAUUCUUUGUACAUCUGGACACACAGCGGAUGGGAAGGAUGCAGUGUGCAGUGUGGAGGAGGUGAACGUAAAACCGUUGUGUCCUGUACUAGGAUCGUUAACAAGACUAUGAUGCUGGUGAAUGACAGUGACUGCCAGCGUGUGAUGCGCCCUGAACCCCAAGUCAGGAGAUGUAACACACACCCCUGCCAGUCACGGUGGGUGACAGGCCAUUGGAGUUCUUGCUCUGCCACCUGCGAGAAAGGCAUCCAGUACCGGGAAGUGACUUGUGUUUAUCAGUUGCAGAAUGGCACCUAUGUUAACACCAGAGACUUCUACUGCUUGGGCAACAAACCCACACCAAUACAAAGCUGUGACGGCCAGGACUGCCUUUCUAUCUGGGAGGCUUCAGAAUGGUCAAAGUGCUCAGCGGAUUGUGGCAGGGGAAUCCAGAAGAGAACAGUAAUGUGCACGAAUUCUCAAGGGAAAUGCGAUGCAGCCACCAGGCCAAGGGACGAGGAAGAGUGUGAGGAUCACACAGGCUGUUAUGAGUGGAAAACAGGGGAUUGGUCUAAGUGCUCCUCAACCUGCGGGAAGGGCCUCCAGUCACGUGUGGUGCAGUGUAUGCACAAAGUCACCGGCCGCCAUGGCAACGAGUGCCCUGUCCUAUCCAAGCCAGCAGCCUACAGGCAGUGUCACCAAGAGGUCUGCAAUGAGAAGAUAAAUGUCAACACAAUUACCUCGCCCAGACUUGCUGCUCUCACAUAUAAGUGUACAGGAGACCAGUGGACAGUGUACUGCAGGGUGAUCCGUGAGAAGAACCUGUGCCAGGACAUGAGAUGGUAUCAACGCUGCUGCCAGACAUGCAGAGACUUUUACGCAAACAAGAUGCAGCAGAAGAGUUAAUGAAUUGGUGCUGCCGCUUAGGGUAUUACAGCUAUUUCUAUGUAAAUCACGAACUAGUAGCUCUGAGUACUGGAACUUAAUGAGUUGCUACAAUGUGGUGGAUUCCAAAGCAUACCUAAUAAGACUUGAAACUAAUUCUGCAGACUGGAUGUACCAAAGUAAUCCACUCAUCCACCUUAAAAAGAGUUAUCUCAAGGAGCCAAUCACGUAGAAUUUUAUUGUGUUUUGACAUCAUUACAUUUUUCAUUAAUGCUUUUUACUUUAAUAUAUUAUUACCAGCCACUGGAUGGCUUGCUACCAUUUGAAAAAAAAAAAAAGACAAGAGUUGCAACGUGAUUAAAUUGACUAAAGUCAUGUGUACCUCAGUGGGAGAAAGCCUCUGGCAAAUAACUCAGCAAACGUGCAGACAUUACUUAAUGCUUCAACCUUGGCUUCCAUCUGAUGCUCUUAAUUCCCAACAGUUAGCAUGCUGUGGGGUGGGCUUGGAGGGACACACACAAAUGAAAUGCUUAAUUUAAAAGGGGGAUUUGCUAUAAAAGCUUGUGAAAACCGAUAGCAGAGGAUGGAUGUCUCUGAAAUUUCUGCAGAAAGCUCAGCACAGUUUUAUCCAACAUUCCAUUUAAUGUAAUUAAAAAAAAAACUAAUUGGGAAUUCCUUCUCCUGUCUGGUUCUGAAAACAUAUCCCCCUCUCUUUAUUUAAAAAAACAUGUGUUUUCUUUUAUGGUGCCUUACUCUCCUCAAUGAGUUUAAAGAAAUGGAAGCUAAUUAACCCAGGAGCAGACAGUUAAUUUUAAGCCAGAACCACUUGCAUGAGAUGGAAGUAGCUGGAAAUCAUUUAAACAUAUACGGUUUGUUGGGGAGGGGUUGUUUAACCUCCUCUUUCCAAUUUUUGGAAUUCGAUCUGAUAAUGAGACAGAAUGCUAUUUCUUAAGGGUAUUGUGAAACCAACUAGGGUUGGCACAUACCCGAAACAGAGAUCAGAACAGCAUUUGCAGGAAGGGUAACUUAGAGACCAAGCAGAUCUUUCCCCUCUCUAGGAUGUAUACAUCAUAAAUCCUUCUGAGACAGAAAGGGAGCAGUUAGUAGACUUUCAGGGUGAAAUUCUGAGCUAAUUGAAGCCAAAAUGGCAAAACUCCUAUUGCCUUCAGUAGGGCCAGAGUUUCACACUCAGGCUAUGCCUACACUGGCAAUUGAACGACAAAACUUUUGUCUUUCAGAAAAAAACAACCCAAAAGACAAAAGUUUUGCCAGCAACUAGCGCCAGCGUGAACAGUGUGCCAGACUCUCCUGCCAACAACGCAAACGCCGCUUGUUGGGGGUGGAAGUGUUUUGUCGGCAGGAGAGCCGAGAAACAGCGGCUACACGGUGCGACUUUUAGUGGCACAGCUGUAGCGAGACAGCCAUGUCGCUAAAAGCUGUGUAGUAUAACUGUAGCAUCAGUCUUGUUUCCAUUUGCUUUGUUACCUUGUGUUCCUUUAAUCAGGACAGUUGGAGAGUGCUGUGUAAAUGAUAGUGUCUUACACGUGUCUAAACUUCAGACCGAAUUCGUCCCUGAGAUUUAAAUGGGAGCUCCACACAGGGCAGAAUUUGGUUUAGUAAGCGUUACAGUCGAUCAAUGUCUCUUUGCCAUAUCUAACUCAGGCUAUGUGUAUGCUACAGCCGGAAUCCUCGCUCUGAGAUCGAUCCACCGGUGGUCGAUUUAGCAGGUCUAGUGAAGACCCACCAAAUGGACAGUAGAUCACUCUCUAGCCAACCCUUGUACUCUACCCCCAACGAGAAGAGUUAGGUAAGUCGACAGGAGAGUUUCUGCCGUCGAUCCCCCACGGUAUAGACCGCACGGUAACUCAACCUAAGGUAUGUCGACUCCAGCUACGUGAAUAACACAGCUGGAGUUGCGUAGCAUAGGUCAGCUUAGUGUAGACAUAGCCUCAGACACGUAUCCUUUCCCUUGCCAAGCUCCGCUGCCAUGCGUGCCGUGGGUAGGUUACACUCACGCUCUGUGAAAUCAGCCGAGCCUUAUGGGUGAAUUAUAGGAUUAUACUCGCUUUAGAGACACAUGUUAAUAUUUAUGAUUUUGGAGAUGGGCACAGAACAAAACCCAGUCCCCAGCAUUAAACAUUGGGAAAGUCUGGAUCCGAAUGUGGGCAUUGUGGCUCAUGCCUCUCUCUCGUGUUAUUGCUACUAUUGCCUUCCUUUAAUGUGCCGAGGGAUAAAGGCAUUUAGUACUUAACAUUUUUAAACAACAUUUUCUCCCUUAUUAAGACUGUUCCAGUAUCCAGGAGCUCAGUGAAAUAAUUUGUUAUGGCUUUAUUAAGGGCUGAGCUUUCAAACAUAGGAACCUAAGUUCCAUCUGCAGAUGGGUAACUGCAUAUGCAUCCACAUUUGCAUGGGCAAAAUGUGUCCUUGCUUGUGCAACUGGGCUUGUGCACCCAAGUGCUGAUCUGCACGCACAAAGGCACAUUUGUGUACACAAUUACCUCUCUGUAAGUGCUUGGCCCUAACAGAUCUCUGUUCUGCAUACUAGAUAGUUUUUGUGUGUGAGGGAAAUGAUUCUAAUUUGGUGGUGGUUAUACCGGUGGCCCUUUGGGUAAGUUCCUUUUAAAAUCAGAAUUAAACCUUUUCCUCCUACUUCUAACCUUGGGUCCAAAUUCAGAGGUGACAUAGUUGGUUGUGUAAGUUACCACAUAGCAUAAGUCAGUAUAAAAUGGUGUAGUUAAUGCAGAAAGAGAGGUGGGGGGAAUGUAGCUGAUUGAUGGUCAUGGUAUAAAAAACAAAAUUGACAGACUAGGCAGAUAAACAGGUAAUGAGAAAGUGCAAGAAGGUAUGAGAUCAAACAGAGCGUGCCUGCUUUACCUUAAGAAUGCCUGUUAGUUUUUCCUGCUAUACUCUCCCCAUUCAGUCCCUUGACAUGUAAGUUACACCCCUUUACCCCAGCCUACUGACAUCCCCCUCACUCUGCCAUUCACGGCCCCCAUUGUAAAGUGAUUUGCAUCCCUGUUAGGGUUUGGGAUUUUCUUAAAGGGUAAGAUUUCAGCUCACCGUGUGGCUUGACUCUGUGCAAUGCCACAUCCUCGCAUGCUGUUUAUGACAGCAUGUUACUUGUGUUGUUUUAUGCUGUCGUGCGAUUUACCCCAAGACCCUUUCAUUCUGUUCAGAGUGAUAAGAAAUGGAUUUCUUAAGUAGUGGGAGUUUUUUCACCUCCUCAAGGCCCUGAUCCAGCCCCCUCUGCAGUCAAUAGAAAUACUCCCAUUGACGUCAGCGGGGUUUGGGGCCGGGCCCCAAGUUUGCAUCCAUAUAAUGGGACAUGAAUCUGCUGGUUUAAUGGAUGGAUUUCUUUUGACUGAGCAAAAAUGUCAUUUAUUUCUGAGCCGAAAUCCUCCUACGUUAAAAACAGAGCCCCAUUUGUAUUACUUGAUCUCCUGAUGACCCUAAAUCCCGUCCCAUUUGGUAACGGCCAAAAAUAUCAACAAAAAUGUUUAAUUCUGCACUUUUGCUUUGUAUCAUUUUAUAGACGCUUUUACUAUGAAUUUACAGCUACGCUCUGUCCUCAGUUACUACAUACCAGUGAAAAGAAAGCUGUUUAUUUCAGUGUAGCCAUGACGAUAUUUUUUUUUGUUGUUCAUAAGAGAUUGAUGCUCUUUGAUUACAGUGGUGGUAUUUCCAUAUUGUAAACAAUACUCUCUGUACUGUUACUAAAGUACUGUACAUUUCUAGUUGCACAGUUGUGUUACGGAGUGUAGAUUCUCACUAUCUUAUGUAUGGUGCUAUUUCUGUGUUGUUGGUGGAAAAGAAAUCUUAGCAGUUGAUUAUUGCUUGAUAUUUUAUUAUAAUACAGGGAUAUAUCCUCCAUGGCAAUAAUAGCAUUUAAGGUUCUCAUUACAGAGUGAAAUGUAUAUAUUUUUCCAUUAGUUAAUUUACAUAUGUACUGUAUCCAUGGUUUAAAAAAAAAUUGUGCUGGCUAUAAAUAGAAAAAAAAAAGUCAAGCAGAAUGGAACUAGUUGUAAAUGAAAAUCAAAAAGAGAGGAUUGUUCCAUUCUGAAACAGAUUGAAUAGGUUUAAUAGUAAAUUAAUUUUUCCAUAACAAUCUUAUAAGGUUUAUGAACUUGAAAAAAUGCAAAGCAAAACCAAACAGCUAACUGUGAAAAUAAAGAAGUAGUAAGUCUGUAAGUAACACAUGGUGCAUCUGUCUAAUACUUGACUGAGACUUGGAUUCAGAUGAGUCCAGGACCCACCAUUGACAUCUGUGGUAGGUGUAAAAGGUCAUUUGUCAGUGAAAUACUGGCAGCUUGGGGUUCCCAGGGUGCUAACAAAUCAUGAACUGAUGGGUCUCGUCUCAAUGUGGUUGCAAAAUAACAUACAGGGAAUGUUAAUAUGUAGCUAAUGCCAAGUGAGUUCUUUGGUCGGUGACACACAACAGAAGAAAAUGCCUGGCUGGAAAAACUGAUCUAGGCUCCAUUUGGGGGAAGCUGCAUAGGUCUUUGGAGUCUGUUGGGAGGAUAAAGCUUUUGCAUGGGGGGAGGGGGUUUUAUAAGCACAUUUCAGAGAGUUUUCUUUCAAUGUAUCUUAGACUCAAGGUCAAGUGGCAGCCAUACUGUAUGUUUAAUGGUAGCUGCCGCACAGACGUAGCCUUAUGAUGAAGGUUGCUGAGCAUGUGGAAAUUCUAUUGGAGUAAAAAUGAUCCCAUCCAUUUGAAAGGUGUCUACAUAAUUUAGCUGCACACUUCCUUGGUGUGAAUAAACAGAAGUAUUCAAAGCUGAGUGGUUUUGGGUGUGUUUGUUGUAGGCCCAAGCAAUAACCCAUGUGCUUUUUAAUUGGACGGAAGAAUGCACAACCCCA